GUCACCCCUUCUUCCCCUCCAACUUCCACUGCUCCCGAAAGCUUCCUCCCCCAAAAUCAUUCGCCAUCUCCUCCUCCACUGUUACUGUCGCUUCCUCACCGCCCCCACUCGGACCGCCUCCCCGCGCCCACAGCCGCCGAACUCCGGCCCGGCGCCGCGUCCUCUGCCGCCGACGCCCAGCCGUCGCGCGGGAUGAAGGGCCUGUGGAAGCAGAGCGGGCUGGCGGCCAUGGCUAGCGCCGACGCGGGCCAGCUCGACCCGGCCGGCGCCGGGGCGGGGCGCUCCCGCAGGCGCGCGAGGCUCGUGGUGUACGCCCUCGCGGUGGCCUUCGCCGCAUUGACGGCCUACAUCGCCCUCUGCUCGCCCGCGGCCCCCGCCGGCGCGGGCGUCGGCGGGGGCAGGGACGGAGCCUCGUGGUUCGACGGCGUGUACGCCUCCACGGCGCCGUACCGCUCGCAGGUCUCGACCUUCUUCUCGUCCGUCUUCCCCACCAACUCGUCCGCCCCCUCGCCCGAGCCGUCUCGCCGCGACGGCGGUGGCGCCGCCAGCGGAUCGAGCGAGGGAGGCGGCGAGGUGAAUCGCGAUGUGGAUAGUAAGCAAGUCGGGAGCGGAGCAGGGAGCAGCAGUUCCGCUACGGCUGGGUCUGACAAGCAGUUGGGGAGUGGAGGUAGUGCGCCAAGCAGCAAUGCCGCCGGCGCCGGUGCACCGCCGGCCGGAAGCCCAGCGGGAAGUGGCACGGCCGCCGCCAAGAGCGAUUCUCCGACGAAUAAUUCUGCAACGAGUGGCGGUGCGCCGAUUAGUUCGGCAGAUCGGAAUAAAGGCAACUCUACUGGAGGCGAUUCUAGUAGCCAGGCAGGGGGUGGUGGUGAAUCCCCAACCAGUGAUUCCGCCGGAGAAAGAACCGUGGCGAAGGCCGACGAGGAGAGUGAUGGAUCCAGUAAGCAGUCGGCAAGCGGAGCUCCGACCAAUAAUGGCGCUGCUGGAAAUGUCACCGCGGUGAAGGCAGACACCAAGGAUUCAGUUGGAGUCUCCGGCGGUAGUUCUGCCGGAGAUGGCAGCACAGCGAAGUCCGAUUCCAGAAUUGGGUCUGAUAAUAACCAGGUAGUGACUGCAGGCGGUGCUCCGAGCAGUGGUGCUGCUGCUGGAAAUAGCACCACAGCCAAGGCUGACGGGAAGGAUUCAGUUGGUGCACCGAGCAGUGGCUCGGCCGGAACUGACACAGUUGUGAAGGCUGAUCUGAAUAAAGAGUCUGAUGGUGCAUCAGGGAGUGGAAAUGUGGAUGAAACCCAUAAAUCAGCACCAAGUGCUAGUCCAGUGAAGAGCAAUGCCGAAGAUGGCGGAAUUCAGAGCGAUAAAUCAAGUGGGAAUGUGGCUUCAACUAGUAAUCAGACUGCAGUGGCAGGGGAGAAAGAAGAUGGAUCUUCAACCAAGAACCAGACCCUUGCAGCAUCUCCAGUUGUGACGAAACAGAACGAGACGAGUGGAGCUUCUUCUGUUGGAAAUGGUAGUGGGAUGAAUAAGAAGGAAACACAUCCCCCGGUUAGCGCAGGCUCACUGAAGGAUCAUUCAUCCCAAACAAUCGCCGCAAAAGCUGGGAAUCACAGCGAAGUUCUGGCCAAAGGGUCAUCAACUAAGCAGGCUGGUGGUGCCGGUGGAAAUAAGAAGGUUGACUGGAUAAAGGAGAUGGCCGGCUGUGACAUGUUCCAUGGGAAUUGGGUUCGGGACGACUCGUACCCUCUCUACCCUGGGGGAUCGUGCCCUCACAUCGAUGAGCCCUUCGACUGCCAUCUCAAUGGCCGGCCGGACCGAGGUUAUGAGAAGCUCCGGUGGCAACCCAGUGGAUGCAACAUCCCAAGAUUGAAUCCAACCGACAUGUUGGAGAGGCUGAGGGGGAAAAGACUAGUUUUUGUUGGCGAUUCACUCAACAGGAACAUGUGGGAAUCCCUGGUUUGUAUAUUGAGGCAUUCUGUCAAGGACAAGAGGAAGGUUUUUGAGGCUUCUGGUAGGCGCGAGUUUAAGACCGAGGGCUCAUACUCUUUCCUGUUCACGGACUAUAACUGCAGUGUGGAGUUCUUCCGCUCUCCUUUCCUAGUUCAAGAGUGGGAGACGCGAGUCAGCAAUGGAAAUAAAAAGGAAACCCUUAGGCUUGACAUUGUCGAGCAAUCAUCACCAAAGUACAAGGAUGCAGACUUCAUCAUUUUCAAUACUGGACACUGGUGGACACAUGAAAAAACUGCCCUAGGGAAGGACUAUUACCAGGAAGGUAGUCACAUAUAUAGUGAGUUAAAUGUCGUGGACGCCUUUCAUAAAGCCCUUAUCACCUGGUCCAGAUGGAUUGAUGGCAAUGUAAAUCCCAAGAAAACCACCGUGAUGUUCAGAGGCUACUCAGCAUCUCAUUUCAGUGGCGGGCAAUGGAAUUCAGGAGGCAGCUGCGACAAGGAGACCGAGCCAAUAAAAAAUGAGCAAUACCUUUCAACCUACCCACCAAAGAUGAGCAUUUUGGAGGAUGUGAUCCACAAGAUGAGAACCCCGGUUGUUUACUUGAACAUAACAAGAUUGACCGACUAUAGAAAGGAUGCGCACCCCUCGAUCUACCGCAAGCAACACCUGAGUGAGGAGGAGAGGAGGUCGCCUGAGAGAUACCAGGACUGUAGCCACUGGUGUCUCCCCGGGGUACCGGAUUCCUGGAACGAGCUGGUUUACGCCCAACUUUUGAUCAGUCAGCAUCAGAUGCUCCAACAGUAAAUGCAAGUAUGAGUUUUCUGGAUGCUUGUAUAUGAAACAAUUUCAAGGGUAAUGAUCAUCAAGAUGAUCCACGUAGAUAGUGAAGCUGCCGCUGGUGAGAUCUCUCAAUACCCCCUACACACAUUCUUCGGUUAGAGGCAUCUAGGACUUCAUGUUGUAAAGUUCAUGCCUACGCUAAUCAGGAAUAAACAAUACUAGUAUAGAUGAGAUGAUACAUAGAUGCUUCUGUGCUUCUGGCUGUGCUCAAGGAUGUCACAUGAUGCAUUCUGAUUUUGUUCUGUAUAAGCUGGAAAAUACGAAUCGUGUGCUGCAUAACAAAAGAGCUGUCUGACGAGGCGACACUUAAAUCC